AUGAAGCGUAAGAAACAAGCAGACGAAACACCAGACACGCAAGAGCACCAACCUGACCAGAAAAAGUCCCGCCUGCGAAGUACAGUGGAUUUGGCUGCCCCAGAAGACAUACUUCCAAGCGAAUUGAAAAAGGGUACCACGAACAGAAGGGCGUCUCGUAAGGGGGAAGAAAGUAUUGCAGGACACGAUCAAUCUGCGCAUUUAAGAGACCAACCAGUCGGCGAAGCUCCAGAAGAUGAGCCCGCGAAAAGUGUAGGAGAAGACGCAUCCAUGGAUGGAAAACCUAUUGUCACUCCCAGAAAAAGGUCUCGGGUAUCUCCGAACCAUACUUUCCCGGAGGAUGAGACGAUUGGCACGACACCCAACAAGACGUUACAUGGGAAGAAGCUCUUCUCAACACCUGUCAAGGUCAAUGGCACCUCUGAAGCCAACGGGACGCCGAUAUUGGCAAGAAAUGCAGAUCGAUCGGCCAGAAGAAAGAGUACUAGGACUCUCAUAGAGCGUACCGUACUAGGCAAUACCAGUGAUAAUGACGAGGAAGAAGAGGAUAUUGCGCAGCAUAUUUACGAGUCUGAAGAAGAGGGUGGAAUAGAGGUUGCAGAGGCUGUCAAUGCCCCGGAGACACCUUCCAAACGAGGGCGGCCGAAAGGCGCGAAGACUCGACGACGAUCCCCAACUCCACCUCCUCAAGACCUACCACCUCACGAGAAGUAUUUUUUCCAGAAUCGUGGUGGCCGGCCCAAAACAUCAGAUAAUAAUCUCUCUUCUCUUGCAUUGCUCGACCACGAAGAAUAUUUCAGUCUUGUCCGAAACUUCAAAGAUCCACAGACGGAUGAUAUAAAAGCAUUGCAGGAUUUGCAUGCCAAAUCAUUCAACCAGUGGGGAUUUGAGCUUAGCCAGGACUUCAAUUUAUGCAUUUACGGUUGGGGAUCUAAGCGAUCACUUCUCAUGAGUUUUGCCGACCACAUUUAUAAUUCGCAGACUGUUGCAAACCCCAAAAUAGUAGUGAUCAAUGGCUAUGUCCAUAACCUCACCAUUAGAGAUGUUUUGAACACAAUAGCAACAGCUAUUUCAUUAUCUAGUCAGAAAAUGGGAUCCCAGCCAGCCGAGAUGCUUGAGAACCUGGUGGCUUUACUAGAAGAAGACAAGUCGCAAAAUAUAACCGUCAUUGUUCACUCCAUUGAUCGGGCGCCUCUUCGUCGGCCUACCACCCAAGCCAUACUCUCACGUCUCAGUGCUCACCCACAAAUCCGUCUUGUGGCGUCCGCCGACCAUCCAUCGUUUCCACUUCUCUGGGACAGCUCUCUCCGUUCAACCUACAACUUCUUAUUUCAUGACUGUACCACCUUCCAGCCGUAUGUUGCUGAGGUGGAUGUCGUUGAUGAAGUGCAUGAGCUCCUGGGAAGAAGUGGAAGGCGGGUGGGUGGGAAGGAAGGCAUCAGUUUUGUGCUGAAAAGUCUUCCUGAAAAUGCGAAAAAUCUAUUCCGGGUUUUGAUAGGGGAGCAACUCGUGGCAAUGGAUGGAGGUUACGGGGAUACACUUGGAGGGGAGGAUGAUGAUGACCAUGAAGAUAACGAACGACGAUCCGGAAACUCAAGGAAGACGGAGCCUGGGGUCGAAUAUCGAACUCUAUAUCAAAAAGCCGUAGAGGAAUUCAUCUGCAGCAACGAAAUGAAUUUCAGAACGUUGCUGAAAGAAUUCCACGACCAUCAAAUGAUUCAGAGCCGAAAAGAUGGAAUGGGCACUGAGAUGCUCUCGGUCCCGUUCCGGAAAGAAGAACUGGAAACUAUAUUAGAAGAUAUCAUGUCUUAA